UUCUUCUCUUCACCACCUUCUCUCCUCCUCCCCAUCCCCGUCCCUCUCCAAGCUGCAAUGGCUCCUCCUGCUGGAUACGUCUCUACCCGCGAGGAUGCCGCCGCCCGCGUGGCUUUCCUCUUCUCCGACAUCGUCCUCUCCGUCCAACCCUCCCUCCAGUCGACAGAGCUGGGCUUCAAUGCUUCUCUCUCUCGCAUGGUCCGCCAGAAGCAGCGUGGUCUUGUUGCUCGCCGCGGCACCUUCCCUACCGUCCGCAGCCUGCGCUACAACGCCGACCCCUUCGCCGCGGCCCUCGACGAACUCGCCUCAAACACCUUCGUCUCAAUCACCGCUCCCUCCGUCUCCGUCCCCGCGGCCGUCCCCCUCCUCGCCAAGCUCGCGCGCUUCCCCGUCGUCAUCCAUGUCUCCAUGAGCCGCGCGUUCCCCGACUACGCUGAGAUUACCGCCCUCCGCCAACUCGGCUUCACCGUCCUGCAGUCCUUCUCUCUCGUCGAGGCCCAGGAUAUGGCCAUCGCCGCCCACAUCCUCGCCAUCCGCACCGGCAAGGCCGUUCUCCACUUCUUCCACCAGAACCCCGCCGCGCCCGAGGAGUCCCCCGUCCCCGUCGAGGACGUCUCCGUCAUCGAGCGCGUCUUUGACCGCAACUCCCUCAUCCGUCCCGACCACUCCGGCAACCCCGUCGGCCGCAACAUCUACUGGAACGACGCCGCCGGUGUCCCCUUCGACGCAAAGUCCGGCACCGCAGAGACAACCCUGCCCACCGCCGACGACCUCGUCCGCGAGACCGAGACAACCUUCGAGCUUGUCCGCACUGCCACCGGCCGCUCAUACAAGGCCUUCGACUACCACGGCGCCGGAAACGCAGACACCGCCCUCCUUAUCUUUGGCUCCUCUGCGCAGCAAUUCAUCUCCACCAUCGCCUCCGCCGGAUGGGGAGAGGUCUACUCAAAGGUCGGCGUCGUCACAGUCCGCGUCUACCGCCCGUGGUCUGGCUCGCGCUUGCUCUCCGUCUUGCCGAAGUCCGUCAAGCGCCUCGGCGUUCUCGAGCAGCUUCACCGUCAGACCACAAAAUGGGGUCCCGUCCUGCUCGACGUCAUCUCCUCCCUCAACCAGGACCUUACUAAGCCCUCGCCCAUCCCCGUCGUCGUCGGCUACACUCUCGGCUUCCUUGACGAGAAGACUAUCGUCCAGGCUCUGCGCGGUAUAAUCCAAAACAUCCAGUCCGAGGCUCCCAUCCAGAACCUCCUCGUUGGCAGCCAGCCCUCGCAUUCCGUUGAUUCGGCCUUCGCCCUCAAGCUCCCCGAGCUCGAGACCGCUUACUCAAAAAUGCUCUACAACGUCUUUGGCGACAAGCUCUCCGUCCUCAACGCCCUCGACAAGGAGGACGCCGGAAUCGCAAAGACCAUCAGCGGUAACCCCGAAUACGGCUUUGGUGCCUACCUCGCCCGCGAGGAGGAGCUCAAGGCUUACAUCGCCAAGCUCACCUCUGCCGUCAAGGAGGGCGUCCUCUCUGCCGAAACCUCCGAGCUCGUCUCGCGCUGGCUGCUUCUUAACUCGGAGAGCUCUCCCAAGAUCGCCGAGACCACGACAAAGCUCAUUGCCCAGCUCGAGUCGGAGUCCUCUGAGGUCGCUGCCGACCUGCUCAAGGACAAGGCUCUGCUUUCGCCCAGCAGCUCGUGGAUCAUUGGAUCUGAUGCCUGGGCCUUUGACCUUGGCUCUUCGGGUGUUCACCACGUCAUUGCCUCGGGCAAGAACGUCAACAUGCUCAUCAUCGAGUCCGAGCCCUUUACCGCUCGUGCGGCGGCCGAUGCUUCGCGCAGAAAGAAAGAUAUCGGUCUCUACGCCAUGAACUACGGAAACUCGUACGUCGCUUCCGUCGCUGUCUACUCGUCCUACUCGCAGGCACUGCAGGCCUUCAUCGAGGCCGACAAGUUCGACGGCCCGUCGAUCGUCGUCGCCUACCUUCCCUACAAGGAGGAAACCGACUCGCCUCUGUCCGUCUUGCAGGAGACAAAGAAGGCCGUCGACACUGGAUACUGGCCUCUCUACCGCUGGGACCCCAAGACUGCCACCGACGAGGGUCUUCCCCGCUUCGAGCUCGACUCGAACGCGCUCAAGAGGGAGCUCAAGGAGUUUCUCUCGCGCGAGAACCACCUCUCGCAGGUCGCUCGUCGCACUCCCGUCUUUGGCGAGAGCAUCUCGGGAUCCUAUGGCUCUGAGGUCCGCAGCCAGCAGCAGGCCAAGGCAAAGGACGCCUACGCAAAGCUCCUCGAGGGACUCACCGGACCUCCUCUUACUAUCCUCUUUGCUUCCGACGGUGGCACGGCCGAGACCGUUGCUAAGCGUCUUGCGCGCCGUGGAAAGGGCCGCGGACUCGGUGCCGUCGCGAUGGCGAUGGACGAUUUCCCGAUCGAGGAUCUUGGUGCUGAGGAGAACCUUGUCAUCAUCACCUCGACCGCCGGCCAGGGAGAGUUCCCCCAGAACGGUCGCAACUUCUGGGAGGCUAUCAAGACCUCGACCGACCUUGAUCUUGCGAACGUGAACUACGCCAUCUUUGGAUUGGGAGACAGCCACUACUGGCCGCGAAAGCAGGACAAGAUCUACUACAACAAGCCGUCGAAGGACAUUGCUCACCGAUUUGAGAUCUUGGGCGGUAAGGUGCUUGUCCCGCUUGCCCUAGGUGACGAUCAGGAUCCGGAUGGAUACUCGACUGCCUACAACCCCUGGGAGACUGCCUUGUGGACCUCUCUUGGUGUCGACGGCGUUGGCGCUAACGUUGACGAGCCGCCACCAAUCACGAACGAGGACAUCAAGAUCAACUCGAACUACCUCCGCGGCACGAUCGUCGAGGGACUUAACGACGAGUCCACCGGUGCUAUCUCGGCCGAGGAUGCGCAGCUGACAAAGUUCCACGGUACCUACAUGCAGGACGACCGCGACAUCCGCGAGACCCGCAAGGCCGCCGGCCAGGAGCCCGCGUACUCGUUCAUGAUCCGCGUGAGAUUGCCGGGCAGUGUCUCGACACCUGCGCAGUGGCUCGCGAUUGACGACCUCGCUGAUACCAACGGAAACCACACGUUCAAGCUGACUACUCGUGGAACUUACCAGUUGCACGGAGUUAUCAAGAAGAAGCUCAAGCCUACCAUUAAGGCGAUCAACGUUGCGCUGAUGGACACCAUUGCCGCUUGCGGUGAUGUCAACCGAAACGUGAUGUGUGCUGCUCUUCCGUACAACAACGCGCUUCACAAGGAGCUCUCGACAUGGGCUACCAAGAUCAGCAACCACUUGCUGCCCAAGACGACUGCGUACCAUGAGAUCUGGUUGACCGACGACAACGACAAGAAGACUCUUGUUGCUGGCGAUGCUGUUGUUGACUUUGAGCCCCUGUAUGGCCCCACCUACUUGCCGCGAAAGUUCAAGAUUGCGAUUGCGUGCCCGCCUUACAACGACAUUGACGUGUACGCGAACGAUGUUGGUUUGAUUGCGAUCGUCGACGAUGACGGCAAGCUUGCCGGAUUCAACGUGCUUGCUGGUGGUGGUAUGGGAACCACUCACAACAACAAGAAGACGUACCCGAGAACUGGUUCGACUUUUGGAUUCGUGACGCCUGAGAACGUUGUGCUUGCGUGCGAGAAGAUCAUGUUGGUGCAGCGGGACUUUGGUGACCGCAAGGACCGUAAGCACGCGCGUCUAAAAUACACGAUCGACACUCUUGGAGUCGAUGUGUUUAAGGGCAAGGUCGAGGAGUUGUUGGGAUUCAAGUUUGAUGAGCCGCGGGAGUUCACCUUUGAGUCCAACAUUGAUCACUUUGGCUGGACCAAGGACGAGCGUGGUUUGAACCACUACACGAUGUUUAUCGAGAACGGUCGUAUUGAGAACACGCCGGAGCACCCGAUGAAGGACGGUCUGCGGGAGAUUGCAAAGGUUAUGGAGGGCGAGGCUGGAUUCCGAUUGACCGGAAACCAGCACGUUAUUCUGUCGUCGAUCAGCGACGAGCAGAAGCCCAAGAUCGAGAAGAUGAUGUCGGACUACAAGCUCGACAACUUGCAGCACUCUGCGCUGCGACUGUCGUCGUCGGCCUGCGUCGCGUUCCCUACUUGCGGUCUCGCGAUGGCGGAGUCGGAGCGGUACUUGCCUAUCUUUGUGACGAAGCUGGAAGCGUACCUCGAAACUCUUGGCCUGCGCCACGAUUCGGUUAUUCUCCGCAUGACUGGUUGCCCGAACGGUUGUGCGCGACCGUGGUUGGCUGAGGUUGCUUUGGUCGGUAAGGCAUAUGGUGUGUACAACCUUAUGCUUGGUGGUGGAUACCACGGCCAGCGGUUGAACAAGCUGUACCGGUCGUCGAUCAACGAGACCCAGGCGCUCGAUAUCCUGAAGCCGAUGUUUAAGCGCUGGUCGGAGGAGCGCGAGGAGGGCGAGCACUUUGGAGAUUUCAUCAUCAGAGUUGGAAUUAUCAAGCCGACUUUGUCUGGCAUGACUUUCCACGACGAUGUUCCGGAGGAGGAGUAAGAGAUGAAAAUCAAGAAUUAGAGCAGAGAGAAAGUUGAGAAAAAAGAAUCUAUGUUGUUGAAUUUGUUGGUCUCAUGAUGAUUUUAUGUUAAUAAUAUAAUUACAGAGAAAAUCUUUGUAAUGUUUUGGUAUAUCUUGAAUAUUGUUGUUUUGUGUUUGUUGUUAAAAUGUACAGAUUUUUGAUCAUAAACAGAGAAAAUAUUAGUAAUCGAUUAGGAAGACAGAAACCUAAAAAUAUGAA